AUGGCAGGCCCGAUCAAACACAAAGCACUCAUCAACGUCGACAUGGGCGAGGGAUAUGGGAAUUGGGUUAUUGGUCCCGAUAAUGAUUUGCUUCCCUUGAUCGAUCAUGCCAAUAUCGCAUGUGGCUUUCAUGCAUCCGAUCCUCUAAUCAUGAUGGAAACAGUCCGCAACUGCAUCAAACACGGCGUCAAAAUCGGUGCGCAUCCCGGUCUUCCCGAUCUCCAAGGCUUUGGACGGCGAGAAAUGAAACUCAGCGCCGACGAGCUCACCGCUAUAACCGUCUACCAAGUGGGUGCGUUGAAGGGGUUCCUGGACCGUGAGGGCGUAGCCCUGCAUCACGUCAAGCCGCACGGCAUGCUAUAUGGGAUGUGCUGCAGAGACUACGAAACCGCCAAGGCAGUCUUCUUGGGCAUUCCAAGGGGGGUACCUGUGUUUGGUCUGGCUGGUACAUGCAUGGAACAGGCUGCUAAAGACUUGGAAAUGGAGUUUAUUGCUGAGUUUUAUGCCGAUGUCAAGUACGACGCGGAUGGAAGGGUGGUGGUAGAACGUAAGAAGGGCGGCUGGAAGACGGAAGAUGUCCGCAGCAGAGUCAUGCAGCAGUUGGAAACAUCCUCGGGUAUAUACUUCCUCAAUGCAAACAACUGCUUAUCACCAGCUGCCAUGCUCAAGAAGAAAGAGUUUGCUAAGCCCUAA